CUCACAGUGUUGGCGCCUACAGAUAGCAACUUGUGACGUCGUAGCAAAUAGUCAUGUUCAGAAGAACCGUUCUAAUAUCUUUUCGCUUCGCGGAAAGACGUUACCGCAGCUCCGCCGUGGCUCCCUCGGCCAGGGACGCGUAUGUCGCCGAGGAAGUUCAGAAGUUCUGCACGGAGACCCCGGUCGAACGGGCGACAACUCCCCCUUCAAGUUGGUUCACAGACCCUGCGAUUUAUGGGCUUGAGAAACGGACCGUCUUCAAGUGGAACUGGGUGGCUGUGGGACGGACAGACCAGGUAGCCUCACCGGGACAAUAUUUUACAGGUGUUGUCGGGGACGAACCUUUCCUCGUAGUCCGAGACAAGUCCAACACCCUCCGCGGCUUCUUUAACGUGUGCCGGCAUCACGCUGCCAUCCUGGCGGGGGAGGACGAGGGCACGGCCGACGCCUUCACCUGCUGCUACCACGGCUGGACCUACGGGCUGGACGGCAGGCUCACCAAGGCCAUGCGGCUUCGCGGGAUCCAGAACUUCUCCGCCAGGAACUUCGGGCUGAAGCCGAUGGCGGUGAAGGCGUGGGGCCCGCUCGUCCUUGUGCGUCCAGACGGACAGGAAGACGGAACUGACUUCGAGACCCAGGUGACUUCCCUGAAGGACCAGCUGGACGACCUCGGGUUCACCUCGGGUCUGCGGUUCGUGGAGCGCCGCCGGUACCGCGUCAACUGUAACUGGAAGGUGGUGCUGGACAACUACCUGGACGGCGGGUACCACGUGGAGUACCUGCACAGGAACCUGGCGUCCAACCUCAGCAUCGACACGUACCGCACAGACGUACAGGAGCUGUACUCUGUCCAGACGUGCUCGGGAAGCGCGGAGGACGACCAGUCCAUGACGAGACAGCGCAUCGGGAAGACGUCGAUCUACGGCUGUGUUUAUCCCAACCUGAUGAUCAACAGGUACGGGCCUUGGCUGGACACCAACAUCGCCUUGCCGCUCACUCACGACACCACAGAAGUCAUCUACGACUACUGGCUCGCCGAGGAGUUCGCCCAGACCUUGCGGGGAGAGGCGGAACUGCAGGAGUUCGUCCAGACGAGCUUGACAGAGAGCGACAAGGUCCAGCAGGAGGACACCUUCAUCUGCGAGCGCGUUCAGAAGGGCCUCAGGUCGUCUGCUUAUGACGUGGGCAGGUACGCGCCACGCGUGGAGAUGGCAGACCACGCCUUCCACCUGAAACUGGCAUCGGAUUUGAAACAGGGGAUUCGCACUGACAAACUGACGAAUGGAAUUACUGUGCCGUGCAUGUUUUAAAUAUAUUCCCUAGGACGCAAAUGAAAUGACGUUCAGCCCAAUACAUUGUAUUAAUAAUGCACAUGUAUGCGACUAAUUAUGUUGUACAUUUCUAUACAACCGAUAUGGGAUGAUGUACAUGACAAAACCCAUUGACAGGGAUUAAGCCACAAUGCCUUGAUUAUAUAUUACUAGUACUAGUAUACGAUACCUGAGCGGAGCGGGAGCUCUCUACGGCGCGCCCGGCCUAAGGAGUGGUCAGCUUCAGGGUUACCUUGUAGGAGUUUUGCGUGGUGGGUCCAAUGACUCCAGUGUCCAGUCGCACAAAACUCCAAACGACUGCAUGCCCGGUGACUAGUCGAAAGCCCCGAAGAAAGCCCACAUAAUCCACGAUAGGACUGGAUAACGGGCCGAAAAUGUAACUGUUACAAGUUUUGGCUCACAAGGUGAAGUGCAUUGAUAAAAAGCGGCCUCUAGCAGUUCAACAAAGGACUGCACCAUAAUGUGAGCUAAGCGGCGUCUACUACUGCAGUGAUUUUUUGGUCGCUAAGGGGCGCUUUUGAGCCAUGG